AUGGCUCCCCCUCCAGUACCAAUACCAGACGUCAAUGUCGCGGCUAUCCGCGAGGACGCCAUCGAAGAAGAAGAUGUCAUGGAAGACCACCACCCGUCCAACUUCCAGGACUCUGUCCACAGUCGUCUGCGGGCCAAUUCCUCCAUCAUGCAGUUCCAGAAGAUCCUCGUCGCCAACAGAGGCGAAAUCCCCAUCCGUAUCUUCCGUACCGCCCACGAACUCUCCCUACAGACCGUUGCCAUCUUCAGCUACGAAGACAGGCUGAGCAUGCACCGUCAAAAGGCCGACGAGGCGUAUCAGAUCGGCAAGCGUGGUCAGUAUACGCCUGUUGCCGCCUAUCUGGCCGGCCAGGAGAUCGUCAACAUCGCCUCCGAGCAUGGCGUCCAUCUCAUCCAUCCCGGCUACGGCUUCUUGUCUGAGAACGCCGAGUUUGCCCGUGCGGUCGAAAAGGCCGGUAUGGUCUUUGUUGGACCAACUCCGGAAACCAUCGACAGGCUGGGUGACAAGGUCUCCGCGCGAACCAUUGCCAUGGAGUGCAAGGUACCCGUCGUCCCCGGUACCCCCGGACCGGUCGAGUCCUUCGAGGAGGUCAAGUCCUUCACCGACGAGUACGGCUUCCCCAUCAUCAUCAAGGCUGCCUUUGGCGGUGGCGGACGAGGCAUGCGUGUCGUCCGUGACCAGGAAUCUCUGCGUGACUCCUUUGAGCGUGCGACCUCAGAGGCCAAGACGGCCUUUGGCAACGGCACCGUCUUCGUGGAACGUUUCCUAGACAAACCAAAGCACAUCGAGGUUCAGCUUCUGGGUGACAACCACGGCAACGUCGUCCAUCUAUAUGAGCGUGACUGCAGUGUCCAGCGCCGUCACCAGAAGGUCGUCGAGCUGGCUCCGGCCAAGGACCUCCCCAUCGAAGUCCGUGAUAACAUCCUGGCUGACGCCGUCAAGCUCGCUAAACAUGUCAACUAUCGCAACGCUGGUACCGCAGAGUUCCUCGUCGACCAGCAGAACAGAUACUACUUCAUCGAAAUCAACCCCCGUAUCCAGGUCGAGCACACCAUUACCGAAGAAAUCACAGGCAUUGAUAUCGUCGCUGCCCAGAUCCAGAUCGCAGCCGGUGCCACUCUGGAACAGCUCGGCCUUACCCAGGACCGCAUCUCCAUCAGAGGUUUCGCCAUCCAAUGCCGUAUCACCACCGAAGACCCGACCAAGGGCUUCCAGCCUGACACCGGCAAGAUCGAAGUCUACCGCUCUGCUGGUGGUAACGGUGUCCGCCUUGACGGAGGUAACGGUUUCGCCGGCGCCAUCAUCACCCCUCACUAUGACUCCAUGUUGGUCAAAUGUACCUGCCACGGUUCCACAUACGAAGUCGCACGACGAAAGAUGCUCCGUGCCCUCGUCGAAUUCCGUAUUCGUGGCGUCAAGACAAACAUUCCCUUCUUGGCUUCGCUGCUAACCCACCCAACCUUCAUCGAAAGCAAAUGCUGGACCACCUUCAUCGACGAUACCCCCGAACUAUUUGCCCUCAUCGGUUCCCAGAACCGUGCCCAGAAAUUGCUUGCAUACCUUGGUGAUGUCGCCGUCAACGGAAGCAGUAUCAAGGGCCAGGUCGGCGAUCCCAAGUUCAAGGGCAACAUUUUGAUGCCUAUCAUGCGCGAUGCCGAUGGCAAACCACUCGAUAUCAGCUCUCCUUGCAAGAAGGGAUGGAAGCAGAUCAUCGACGACAAGGGUCCUGCUGCAUUUGCCAAGGCUGUCCGUGAGAAUAAGGGAUGUCUUAUCAUGGAUACCACCUGGCGUGAUGCCCAUCAAUCGCUAUUGGCGACCAGGGUUCGUACAGUUGACCUGGUUAACAUUGCCAGAGAGACAAGCUAUGCGUAUAACAAUGCGUACAGUUUGGAAUGUUGGGGUGGUGCAACGUUCGAUGUUGCCAUGAGAUUCUUGUAUGAAGAUCCAUGGGAUAGGCUCAGAAAGAUGAGAAAGGCGGUGCCAAACAUUCCGUUCCAGAUGUUGCUGCGUGGUGCCAACGGUGUGGCUUAUUCUUCUCUCCCUGACAAUGCCAUCUACCACUUCUGCAAGCAAGCGAAGAGAUAUGGUGUUGAUAUCUUCCGUGUCUUCGACGCCCUCAAUGACGUGCACCAGCUUGAGGUUGGUAUGAAGGCUGUGGCUGCCGCCGGUGGUGUCAUUGAAGGAACCAUCUGCUACUCCGGAGACAUGCUUAACCCCAAGAAGAAGUAUAACCUGGACUACUACCUUGAUCUUGCCGACAAGAUCGUUGCCCUCGGCACCCAUGUCCUCGGUAUCAAGGAUAUGGCUGGUGUCCUCAAACCCCAGGCUGCAACCCUGCUCAUUGGAUCUAUCAGGAAGAAAUACCCAGACCUGCCCAUUCACGUCCACACCCACGACUCUGCAGGAACUGGUGUUGCGUCUAUGGUUGCUUGUGCCCAUGCUGGCGCUGACGCCGUUGAUGCUGCUACUGACAGCAUGUCCGGUAUGACCUCUCAGCCCAGCGUUGGUGCUAUCCUCGCCUCGCUCCAGGGCACCGACCAAGACCCCCAGCUUGAUAUCCACAACGUCCGCGCCAUCGACUCCUACUGGGCUCAGCUCCGUCUCCUAUACUCUCCCUUCGAAGCCGGUCUCACAGGCCCAGACCCAGAGGUCUACGAACACGAAAUCCCAGGUGGUCAACUAACUAACCUCAUCUUCCAAGCCCAUCAGCUUGGUCUCGGUGCUCAGUGGGCCGAAACCAAGAAGGCCUACGAACAAGCCAACGACCUCCUAGGCGACAUCGUCAAAGUCACCCCUACCUCCAAGGUCGUCGGUGACCUGGCUCAGUUCAUGGUCUCCAACAAGCUCAGCCCAGACGACGUGGUUGCCCGUGCCGGCGAGCUUGACUUCCCCGGCUCCGUCCUCGAGUUCCUCGAGGGCCUCAUGGGUCAACCCUACGGUGGAUUCCCCGAACCUCUCCGCUCCCGUGCCCUUCGCGAUCGCCGAAAGCUCGAGGACCGCCCAGGUCUCCACCUCGAGCCGCUAGAUCUAGUCAAGAUCAAGGCCGAGCUGAAGGAGAAAUUCGGCAGCGCUACCGAGUGCGAUGUCGCCAGUUACGCCAUGUACCCCAAGGUCUACCAGGACUACCGUACUUUUGUAGCCAAAUACGGUGACCUCUCUGUGCUGCCUACGAAAUACUUCCUCGCCAGACCUGAGAUCGGCGAAGAAUUCAGCGUUGAGCUCGAGCAAGGAAAGGUGCUUAUCCUGAAACUAUUGGCUGUGGGUCCGUUGUCUGAACAGACUGGUCAACGAGAGGUAUUCUAUGAGAUGAACGGUGAAGUUCGACAGGUUUCUGUUGACGAUGUCCUCGCCACUGUGGACGAUACUAGCCGCCUCAAGGCCGAUGCCAGUGAUAGCAGCCAAGUUGGCGCCCCGAUGAGCGGUGUUGUUGUGGAGAUCAGAGUGCAUGAGGGUGUCGAGGUGAAGAAGGGAGACCCCAUUGCCGUGCUCAGUGCUAUGAAGAUGGAGAUGGUUAUUUCCGCACCUCACCACGGUAAAAUUGCUAGCUUGCAUGUUAAGGAGGGAGAUUCCGUCGAUGGACAGGAUCUCAUCUGUAAAAUGACCAAAGCAACUUAA